AUUCUUGGAAUAAAUCUAUUGUAUCUGCUUGGAUUCCUUAAAUGAAGUGUUACACAAAUCUACAUUGUACCUUCAGAGAGAAGCAUUAAAUAAUGGCUAUGGCAUCCUCCCCUUACGCUUCUACAGGGGAGACGACAAAUGCCUGUAGAGCCUGUCGACUUCUUCUGGGUCCAUGUACAGAUCAAAUGAGGGAUGUUUUACGUCAUUAUAUACCACCUACAACAUUCCCAUUCGUCAUAGUUAGACAGAGGAGUAAUCUUCCACGUCUGACAGCUCCGCAAAAGAAUCUGAUUUUACCAAGAGGCAGUACAUAUACUGGAUACUACGAGGAUAUGGAUAUUCCUUUAUUGUACAUACUACUACGAAACAUGUGUAGUAUACCACCACACACCAAUGGCUGGGGAAAUGAUCCAGACCCAACUGACAGAUCUCUCUCUGCCAACAUUGAAAGGAUUCGAAUUGCCAGAAACCAGUGUGUUCAUUCUUCUAGUCCCGCCCUAUCCAAUGCUGAUUUCAACAGCGUCUGGUCCACCGUCAGAUCAGCAGUCGUGGACCUUGAUUCUGUCCUUAACAAUAGAAACCAAUAUGAAAGAGAAGUUGAUUUUCUGAGACAUGAGACAAUGGACCCUGUCCGAGAUCUUUACUUCAUUGAAGAACUGAGAAAACAAGCAGCAGAAGACAUAGCUACAAGAGAAAGAGUUCAUAGCAUAGAAUAUAAAGUAGCAAAGUUUAAAAAUGAAGCUAUUCCAUACAAUGUCAAAGGUUACUACUCAGGUUCCAGGUUCUUGAAAUUCAGGCUACAAAUACUGCGACCUCUUCACGAAAACGAUAUCCUACAGUGGAAAAGAGAGGACAUGGUAUUUUUUGAAACACACAACUUCUGUGGAAUGCUGCAAAAAGUGAAGGAAAAGUCUUAUGUUACGUUUGUUGGAGUCCCUGGAUCUGGAAAAACAGCAACAGCUCGUCACAUCGCCCUGAUGUUACAACAGGAAGGGUAUGAGGUUGUACCCAUCAGAGAGAUAGGAAAGAUAGAGGACUACUGUGAUCCAAAGAAUCCGCAAGUUUUUGUUAUUGAUGAUGUGGUAGGUGUGUUUGGACUUCAAGAAGUAAAAAUGAACCUUUUGUUUGAUUACAAAGAUAGAAUUAUGAAUCCAACGAUGCCAAAGUCAAAAACCCUCAUGACAAGUAGAGAAGCGGUGUUUAAAAAAACAAUUGAGUCAAAUUCAUUUUAUAACGAUAAAAAUACUAUUGUUUUCUUACAUAGUGAAGCUUUUGCUUUAACUAUCGAUGACAAAAAAGAAAUACUCAAAAACUACCACAUAGAAGAACAUAUGAUGUCUCCCGCAAGUUUGACAUCAGCAUCAAAAAUGUUCCCUUAUAUUUGUAAGCUGUUUUCAACAGAUAAAAAAUUUCAGUUGCAUGGUUCUUUAUUCUUUCAGAAUCCAGUUCCAUGCAUUUUGAAGGAACUUGAAGAAUUAAAAAAUCAAAACAAAAUUCACUAUGUUUCUUUAGUGUUAUGCAUGAUGAACGAAAACGAAUUAUCUGAGAAAAUUCUAGAGGAAAGAGAAAAUGAAGGAAACUUCAAUGAAAUCAAAUUAACGGUUCUUCGAAAAUGUAAAGUUAGUAGACAAACUGAUAAUUUCCAAUUUGUUGAUGCAAUGUCGGAAAUGGAGGGGACCUACACAAUUUUUUGUGGAACUCAUUAUAGCUUCAUUCACGAUUCUAUGUUUGAAAUUGUUGCAUAUCAUUUCGGUUGUAGGUUUCCAGAAGUUAUUCUGCAAUUUAUGAGCAGUAGUUAUAUUGCAAACUAUGUACGACUUUAUAGAUUUCAAACAGAACAAUCAGAAUAUAAAGUUAUUCACCCGAGUGAGAAUAUUGGAAACAGUGUUAAAUGUAUGUCAGAAGGGAAUGAAGUGUGCAUUUAUGAAAGAAUACCGAAGGACAAAAACGUUUCAUUUAAUGUCGGGCCAUUUGAUCUUUGUAUAAAGAUAAGACAGGAUCUUUAUCCAAUGUUAGCUGAGCAUUUGUAUAGAGAUAUAGAAAAAAUGGAACUGCAUGAUGUUUUUAUGAAUAAUGUUUUAAAACAACCUGAGGUUUGUGAGGCUUUCAUUGAGGUGUUAAAGACGAAGUUGUAUACUGAGUUGAAGUCUUUAUUUUUAUCUGUUCAGAAAGAUGUGUCUAAGGUUGUGAGUAAAGGAGAAAGUGUAACAAAGGAGAGUGAGAAGAUGAGUGAGUGGAGCAGGGAGAGGAAAAUACAAACAGUGCUGACGAAUACGUGGAGAAAACCAGAGAUUGUUUAUAGUGUCAGGGUUAUUAGCUGGGUGGUUAAUUAUGGUCACAGUCAGAUCCUAAAGGAUAUUUUAGAACAAAUUGAAUUACACAAGGAAACACAAGCUGCACUAUUCGAAAGGAAUUGUUUUAAUCCUGAUUAUAGGUUUAUCAUAGGAAAAGGGGAGGUAAGUCCACAAACUCCUGAACAAUACCGCCUAUUACUACUAAGCUGUUACAGUGGUGAUUUAGAAACUGUAAGAAUUUUACUAAAAUAUGUGUACAAGAAUUCAAUUAACGAAAUAUUCAGAGAUUUUGAUGAUGAUUAUGUGUGGUCUGACACACCACUGACAGCAGCUUGUAAGAAUGGAUACAUUAGUAUAGUAAAGGAGCUGCUGGAAGCAGGGGCUGAUGUCAAUCUACAAGAUGAGGAUGAUACACCACUGAUUGCUGCAUGCAAAGGUGGACAUUUCAGUGUAGUAAAAGAGCUGUUACAGGCGAAGGCUGAUGUCAAUUUACAAGGGGAGGGUUAUACACCGAUGACAGUAGCAUGCUCAUAUGGACAUUUGAAUGUAGUUAAGGAGCUGCUUAGUGCAGGUGCUGAUAUCAAUGCACGAGACGACUAUACUACACCACUAACAAUGGCAUGCAUGUAUGGACGUAUUAAUGUAGUUUUGGAACUGCUUGAAGCAGGCGCUGAUAUCAAUUUACAUAGUGAAAAUAAUACACCAUUGCAAGCAGCAUGUGAGCGUGGUCAUACGAAUGUAGCAAAUAAACUACUAGAUGUGGGGGCUGAUGUCAACCCACAAGGUGUGUAUAUUACUCCACUUACAGCAGCAUGUAGAGUUGGAGAUAACACUCUAGUAAAGGAGCUUCUAAAGGCGGGAGCUUAUGUCAAUGUAUAUGGUGAGCAUAAUACACCACUUAUAGAAGCAUGUGAAGGUGGACAUUUGAUUAUUGUUAAAAAACUCCUAGAGGCAAAGGCUGAUGUUAAUUUGCAAGGCGACGAUAAAACCCCUCUGAUAGCAGCAAGUGAGAAUGGGCACCUGACAGUAUUAAAGGAACUGUUAGAAUCCGGUGCUGAUGUCAAUAAACAAUAUGAAGAUCAAACCCCACUGACAGCAGCAUGCAAGAAUGGACAUAUAGAAAUAGUAAAGAAUCUUAUAAAAGAAGGGGCUAAAAUCAAUCUACAAUGCCUAUGUGAAACCCCAUUGAUAGCUGCAUGUAAAUCUGGACAUCUGGCUGUUGUUAGGGAGUUGCUAGAUGCAGGGGCUAGUGUUAAUCUAGGAGCAAAAAUAAAUUCACCAUUGAACGCAGCAUGUGAGGGUGGGCAUCUAACUGUAGUUAAGGUUUUGCUAGAGGCAGGGGCUAAUGUAAAUUCAAAAGAUUGUGUUGCUACUCCAUUGACGUUGGCAUGUGAGGGUGGACAUCUGUUUGUAGUAAAGGAACUUCUAAAAAUUGAUGCAGAUGUUAAUCCUGAGGGUCAUUACCAUACACCACUGACAGCAGCAUGUGCGGGUGGACAUAUAAGUAUAAUUAAGGAGCUGAUAGAGAUGGGGGCUGAUAUAAAUCUACUAUGCGGAGACAAAACACCACUCAGAACUGCAAGUGCUGGUGGUCACAUGAGUGUAAUAAAGAUUCUGCUUAAGGCAGGGGCUAAUAUCAAUCCACAGAAACAAUAUGAAACCCCAUUGACAGCAGCAAGUUUUUAUGGACAUCUGUGUGUAGUGAAGGAACUGCUAGAGGCUGGCGCUAAGGUAAAUCUACAUGAUCAUUUGAAAACACCACUGACAGCAGCAUGUGAAGGUGGACAUCUGAAUAUAGUUAAAGAACUACUUAAGGCAAAAGCAGCUAUCAAUCCACAUGGUCAUUAUAAUACCCCUUUGACAGCAGCAUGUGAAGGUGGACACGUAUUUGUAACAAAAGCGCUGUUGGAGGCCGGAGCUGAUAUCAAUCUACCAGACAAAUUGAAUACGCCACUAACAGCGGCAUGUACGAAUCGACACUUCAUUGUAGUGAAAGAACUGUUGCAGUGGGGAGCAAAUGUCAAUUUACGUGUACCAAGAAUUAGGAAAUAUUAUACACCACUCAUAGCAGCAUGUGAGGGUGGACAUAGAAGGAUAGUAAAAGAGCUGGUAGAAGCUGGAGCGUAUUAUAACCUACAUUAUGGAAGUGAUUCACCACUACUUAUUGCAUGUCAUAAAGGGCACAUGACUGUAGUGGAUGAACUAGUAGAGACGGGAGCGGUUGUAAAUUUUAAAGCAAACGAUGAAACACCACUAACAGCAGCAUGCAAAGGUUGAUACCUACAUAUAGUAGAGAAGCUGAUAGAAAAUUGGGCUGAUGUAAACCCACAUGGGUACUAUAUUUCUCCACUAGCAGUUGCAAGUGAAAAGGGACAUAUGAAGGUAGUAAAAAAAUUGAUAGACACUGGGGCUAAUAUAAAUCCAAGAGAUAAAUAUAAGACACCAUUAUCAACAGCAUGUAACGGUGGACAUAUGUGUGUAGUGAGAGAACUACUUGAGGCGGGAGCUGAUGUCAACCUACAAAGUGAAUUCCACACACCUCUGACAGCAGCAUGUGACGGUGGACAUUUAAAUGUAGUGAUGGAAAUACUUGGUGCAGGCGCUGAUGUCAACCUUCAAGAUAAAUUUAAAACACCUCUAACAACAGCGUGUGAAAAGGGAAACCUGGCUGUAGUAAAGGAGCUUCUUCAGGCGGGAGCUGAUGUCAAUCUACAAGAUAUACAUGAUACACCACUGACGGCAGCAUGUAAGGAUGGACAUUUAGAUGUUGUAAAGGAGUUGAUAGAGGCAGGGGCUGAUGUCAAUAAACAAGAUUGUCUUGGAAACACCCCUCUUCAUGUAACAAUUGUAUAUCAGAUAGAGUUUGCAGUUCCGAUUGUAUUGAUUCUGAACAAGUAUGGUGCAGACUCAACAAUCUGUAAUAAGGAGAGUCUGUCAUCAUUGUGUGUUGCAUUAAUAGAAAACAAAACGGAUGUUGUAAAACAAUUACUACAAACAGAAAGAGAAAGUCAACUGAAUAAAUUAAAGUUACAUUUCUUUAACUGUUUGGUUAACAUAAGACACGGUGGCGUGAUUUCUGAUAGCAAAGAUGAUGUGGUGAUAGCACAGCGACAAGUUUGGCGUAUAGAAGAAUUUGGAAAUUUAUAUGACAUAAUCUUUAAAAGUGAGUGCAUUGUUCUGAAACAUUUAUUGGAAAUAGGACUGGAUGUCAAUCAGUUGGUUCAGUUAUAUGAUGACUUUAACUAUGAGUCUGAGGUCAGACCUUUGCUGUUUUUUCUUAUUGAUGAGAUUGAUACAGUAAAGGACAAGGUAGAGAAGGUGAAAAUACUUCUUGAUGCCGGGGUAGACGUAAAUAUCAGGGUUAUGUAUAGUACUGUUGAUUCUGAAUUAGGCGAAGAUGAUAUCCUUGAUUGGUCUAGUGAUGAAGAUGGCGAUGGAGAGCAUGUUGAUGUGUUGGAUAGAGAGGGUUUGUCUAUUCUAGAGAGAACACGCCGAAUGGUAAAGAAGUUUAAUUAUAACAAGUACAGGUAUGGUGAGGAUACAGUGUCUGAAUACAGGACAGUGCUGAAUGAAAUUAGAAAGCAUGUGAGACGAUACUCUGUCUGA